AUGGUACACCUUGUGGCUGUACCAGAGACAAUCACGGCAAGUGGCUGUGCUUGUGUCUUUAUCGACACCAUCUUCCGACUUCAUGGGUUGUCCCGUGAACUCGUAUCAGACAGAGAUCCACGCUUCACUGCUGAUUUCUGGCGCUCCGUGUUCAAAUCACUUGGAACGCGCUUGAAGAUGUCUACAUCUGAUCAUCCAGAGUCAGAUGGUCAGACGGAACGUGCCAAUCGUGUCUUCGAAGAGAUUCUACGAGGAUACGUACACUCCUUUGAGAGUUGGAGUGAGUUCUUGCCAAUGGUAGAGUUUGCCAUCAACAACUUGGUGCAUGCGUCCACGACACAUACACCGUUUUACGUGAAUGGCUUACGCCAUCCGCGUGUACCCACCUUACUCGAGUGUAACUCUGAGGUCAUUGCGUUUGAUGCCGAUAUCGAUAACAUCGAUAUCGAAGAAGAUGAUGCCAGUGAGAGUGCGGAAGCCUCACUAAAGACAAUGAUCCCGGUGAGAGUGCGGAAGCCCUCACUGAAGAAAAGGCUGUCGUUGCUGCAGUGCGCUCACAGCACACUGAAUCGAACGAGUCAUCAGAUGAGUUCGUACUGGCUCGUGAAACGGUAG